AUGACACACAUCAAUCAGUAUAAUACCGUGUUUGUCGUUUGUAUCAAUGUGAUCACCGUUAUUGUUGUCGAUAUAUGCAAUCAGCACAAUGGGUACAGUGUAUGCAGACUACCAGAAGAUCGCAUAGUGAUCUUCAACAUAUUGCCUGAACUGUGUGUAGCAGGACACGAUCAAAUGGAUUGGGUGGUUCAUCAGAUGUAUCAUCAUCAAGUGUAUACAAUGCGACUCGCUGCUGUAUCACAUCAGCUAGUCGAUUUCAAGGUAUAUCCGAGUCGAGAUCAGUUGCAUCGUCACGAAUCGGAACCAGUUUGGAUGGUGGAAGUGGAUCACGUAUAUGCCAGUACUGCCAUUACUGCAAGUCAAGUAAAUGUCCACUAUCGUCCAUAG